CACACAUACAAGGUAUUAACGCUCCGCUACCCCCGUAUAUAAACCUGGUGUAGACUAGCCUUGAACUUCAUUUCACCACGACUGCAACGCUCAAGACCAUAGGCAACCCUUAUCCAGCGAUUGUUAGAACUAUGGUGUGAGAUUGUGUUUGUUCUAUGGUGAUUUAAGUUCAGACUUUUUUGUGUUUUAGUGGUAAUUUAUAAAUAUGAAGUUCGUUAAUAAAGCGAUAUGGAUUCUAGUUGUAUUUUUGAUAGUCCAAAACGUGCAAUGCCAAAAUGGAUAUUCCGAACUGAAUAAUAUACACUUGAAGCAUAUAUUAACAAAUCAAGAAGAUGUUAAAACAAACUCAAGUUUCAGUACUGAUUUCGACCAUGGUAAUGCUAAGAGCAUAUCUAUUAGUUCUGUUAACGCCCCUUAUGAAAUGGUCGACAAUGACAACAAAUUUUCUGACUACGAACGUGCAGACAGGGGAAGAACUAGAAAGAUUUAUCGAAUAAAAAAUCCAUUUCAUCAUCCAGAAGAAGAAGAAGAUAGUCGACAAAAGGUCUCACAGGACAGUGAAACAGGAGCUAGUAACCAGUAUGCGGGAAUGCAGUAUUCAUUACCACCUGAAGAAUUCCUUCAACAGAUGAGAGCAGAAACUCAAUACAAUCAACAACAGCAACCGCAACUACAGCAUCAGCAAAUAUCAACACCAUCUUCUACAUUCGGAUACACAGCAACCCCACAACCACAAUACCAAUAUUCUACAAUCACCUCAAAUUAUAACAACGGCAACCAACAAAAUAAUUUAACACCACAAUCAGAACCUAAGUAUCCUCCUCAAUUCUAUAAUAAUAAUUUAAAUAGUUAUCAAUAUCAUAACACUCACUCCUUUGGUAUAGAGGCAAUACAAAGCACACCCUCAUCCGUAACAUUGUAUUUGUCUACAAGUUCACCUAAUAACCAAUAUAGCGGUACACCAUCUACAAAUUAUGUAUCAAGUUCUUCGCCUAUAUUUUCAUCUAGUCCUGCAAAUCCGCAAUCAUACAUUUCUACAACGCUAUCAAACAUACCAACUGGAUCACCCGCCCCCAAUAAUCUUAAUAAGUACUUAAACGUAGAAAGAGAUGUACAUGGUUAUGGAACAAAUUUCAGAGAUAGAAAUCAAAACGUUUACGUAAAUCAUUUCGAUAACUUUGCCAACGGUUACAAAUUUCCGAAUAUGCAGCAACAAUAUCAGAAUGAAAUACCAUCUUCAACACAGAUGCCAGUAUCGUCCAUGAAUCCCGAUAUCAGCCGCGAUAAUUGGCAAAACUCUAUGCAUUUAAGCUUAAGUAAUUUGCCAAAUUCAAGAUCGGAAUAUACACAGGCAUCACAACAAAACUUUCAAAGCAAUUACCAAGAAAAUCAGCAAAAUACUAAUUUAGAUAAUCCUAGUAAUGAUAUGAACCAAAUCGGUAGUAUGCCAUCAGCGAAUAAUGUUGUUCUGAGUAUAGUUCAACCUGAUUACAAAACGUACACUGGACUUAAGAACCGUGAAAAAGAAACAGAGAAACAAAAAAAACAAGAAGAUGUUUACUCUCACGGCGAUUAUGGAUGGAAAUUAGAAGGUAGGAAACCUAUAGUAAAUUAUGACGUUAAUUUACCAGUAAACUAUCCCAAUCAACAAAAUAACUUUCAACCUGACAGUAGUUCUUUAAGUUUUUCUUAUCGUCAAAUGGACAAUGGUAAAAAUUAUGAUUAUGAACAAAACUCAAAAUACAAAUCUGAAAGCGUGGACGCGCAAGAAUUUGCAAAAGCAGCAGCGAAAGCUCAAGAAAAUAUGAAAAUUCAACAAGAAACUUAUUUAAAUAAUUAUAUUUUGCAUGCACGGUAUCCCCAAAAUAUUUUGACGAACGAACCGGGUAAUUUCAUGAUCUCUAACAAUAACCAAAAGAGCUUGACAAACGAAAAUACAAAUUUCAAUGGACAAGCCGACUUGAUGACGCAAUCGUCGCACUACUUUCAAAAUUCUAAAGAAAGCAUAUAUGACAAUAAAGUAAAACAACACUUUGAUCAAGAGAAUGAUCCACAAAAUUUUGUCAAAAUCCAUGGUUCAAAUGUACCAAACGUAGAGUCAAGACAACAAGAUAGCGGCACAAUGGAUGCAAACAAUCAAUACUUUUCUUCAAACUACAGUAAAGACAUCGAUGAAAAUUUAAAACAAUUCUUGAAACCGUUUUCUGAAUCUUAUAGAAUGAAAAACAACGACAUGUUUUCACCAGACGGCUCUAGAAGGUUUCAACAAAGUUACGAUAAAAAGUAUGAAUCAUCUCCCAAUUCUAACAGUGUAUCUUAUAAACCUGACUUAAAUUUGUCAUAUUUGAACAGUUUAGGACAAUCCAAUACAGGUACACAAGUUGUAAGCAAUAUACAACAACAACGCUCCCAAAAUCAAAUAUCAUCCGAUAGCAGCAAUAGCUUGAAAUUAAAUGACAUUCCAUAUUGGUUACAAGGUAUAAAAAAUAUGCAAUUUCCGCAAUCACAAUCUAGUGUCAACCAAGGCAUUAUUCCUACAGGUGCACCUUUAUUACUUAAUCAAAAUAUUGAAUCUCAUCAGAUAGAUGUUGCCACCAGUAUUCUAACAAAAUUACUACGAGACAAACAAAUUGAAAUGAAUACUAAACAGGAAUAUGACGCUCAAAGAGAAUCAUUACUGCCAACUAUAAAUGGAAUUAAAGUGAUGAAUCCUUACAAUCUGGAUCUCACAAUGGUCAACGAAUAUUUAAAAGGGAAAACAAGUGACGUAAGCCCAUCUUUUCGCAAUCAAUACAAUCAACCAAAUCCAGUAAGAUGGGAUAUGUCACAAUUAAAACAACUUCUGUUACAAAAUGAUAACGUAGGUCAGUACUCGGUUUUAAAUAACGUCUUAGGUGGUUCGGGAAGUCCUUUUUUUGAAUUACAUACCGGUAAUCGCCUUCCGUAUCAAGGUGUAAAAUAUUCACGUAGUCAAGAGGAAGCGGAAACUUUAAUACCCAUAAUAGAUUCAGAAAAUAAUCACCCAAUCGGCGCUGUGAUAGAACAAGAUGACUUGAAACAUGAAAACAGAGAAUCUAUAGAGCCGGAGAUAGAAGCAUCUAACAUUGAUGAUUUUCCAGUCGAAUUUGAAAGUGACAAGCCGAGAAUAAAUCCAAGUUAUAGGAUGAUCGGCAACAGAUAUAGAAAUCCGAAUUCUUUACUACCAGAUCGUUAUGCCUACAGAAAAACCCCAAAGAUAGUUAUCGGGGAACCUUAUCCUUUACUAAAACCACCACCUAUUCGUGGUCUAAAAGGUAGAAACCGGAACAAAUAUGAUAACAGCCGUAGACAACGUGGUAAUAAAUAUAAACUAUCACGUAUUGUUAAACGCGAACCUUUGUUAGAAGACAGUGAUGAUGACGUAGAAGAAAAUGUACCUAUACAUUUACGACCAUCUCUUCUUGCUGAAGACAAAUCUGAUAUCACACAAAGCUCUGACAGUUAGUGAUAUUCUUUGAAAGAACAUCAAUUCUUUAAGUAUACACUAAAGCUUUAUACUAAACAAAUUAACACUGGUUUCUAAAUAUGGUAAUAAUAGACGUAUAUUUUAAUAACCAAAAUUGCAUUUAUUUAUAGUUAUGUUUGUUGUAGCUA